AUGUACAGCGGCUUUGAAGUGAGUACUGGAAAGGGAUCGGGUGGAGGCGAUUGCAGGAGGAAGCGGCUUGAAGAUCGGUUAGGUUUGUUCGUUGCAGCAGAAGAAGUUAAGGUGCGAGUUCUAGUUGGAGCUGAGAUGUCGACCGGAGCUGGUAAGAAGGACGAGUUCCCCUACACCACCUACUCCACUGCAUUACACUACACCACAAUUGAAGAUUGGAAGGACUACAUACUAUGGUCAAGCAGGCGAAACAAAAGGCACCAAGAGCGACCAAGAGGCAGGGGCACCGAAAGACACCGGGGGCGGCAGGCGGUGCACAUUCGCACCUGCGGCCUACCGACGGAACCACACGGAACCUUCCUGUCUGGCUCGCCUGGGACGGUAUCAGCCCGGGGGCCCUGUUGUUGCACCCCUGUCGCUUUCCACUUAGCCCCCCGUUUUGGCGUGCUCCAGUGCCCCUGCGUGGGAACGAACCUGCGACUAGAGGGCGUGGGGGGCGCUAGCACUCCGAGCAGUCGAAGCACCACAUCCUGUACUGCCACCAUCAAUCAUUUCAGCAUCAGCAACGGGAAAGCCGUCACCAAUAGAGCGCCAUGCGAGACGUAUGCAGCCUUCCAACAGGCAGCAUGGGGUGGGAAACAGGGUUGCACUCUGCAUCUUGUCACUCCAUCUGAUUUGCCUCUCCAUCGGUGGCCUCGCCCGCCCAGCAACUGCGCCCACUACCCAGAGCAACUACAAGAAGAAGCAUGUACCUAUCUCUCCUGCUCUCGUACAACUAGCACGACAUGA